AAUGUACAGAUACUUUCUUCGCACCAUGGCUGUCAGUAAAAAUAACAUUAGGUUGAAUCUGCUUUUUAUUUUCUUGGAUAUUUUAUUUUCUAUAAAGGGCACUUUGUCUACGGAAGCCGUCGAAAGGGACGGACGUAGUUGCAAAACAUCAUGGUCCUGUGGCCUAAACAUGUGCUGUAGAGACCCGACUGGCAAAACUCUAUCUUUCGAUCCAUAUGGUUUUGGAGUAAGAUCAUGGGUCAUCCCAGGAGAUGAGCUUAAACAAGGAGUAUGUUCGAGAAAACUUGCCCAGAAAGGGGAAAUAUGUGACAGCAACUGCGGCUGUAUGCCAGGAUUUAAGUGUUACCGACCACUUUCCUUCAAUAACUGUUGCUCGGAACAGACGUGUCUGGAAGCAGAUAUCGUAGACUACCGAAGAAAGUUUGAACGUAGAGUCUGGAAGGAAUGCUUAGAUGAUCCAGACUGUCCACUGCCGGGUGUUCGAGACCGCAAAACAUCAACAUUUUCAACGUUGUCGCAGAAAAGCACUGAUGGUGGUGUAGAAACUCACAGCACCACAACCGCUGCAACAACUCCAAUCCGAAUGGAGAAUGCCAAGACCAGCAGUAUUGGGGAUAAUGGUGUUAUCCAGACAAUCAUCAACGUAGAUGGCCACGGUAAUGAGCGCAGAGAUUCAACGAACAAUGCUAUACUCAACAAAGAAAGAAACUCAUUUGGCAGGCGAGUGAUAGGAGGAGGGGGUCGAGAACUACCAAAAUAUGACGCAUCUUUUUUUGAACGAAGAAACAAAGGAAUCGAAAGAAAGGGGUUUGGCGACACGAUGGUUUCAAACAAAAAAUCCUUUGUUCCUGAGAUUUUGGAUUAUGAAGAUAAUGUGAAGCUCCAUCAGUCCUUGAUGAAGAGAUAUUAUUCCAAUAGACAAACAAAUGAGAACGCCUACUCACCAAAGAGUUCGUACAGUAUGUGAUUAAUAAAGACAUAUGGCAAUUGACCUCUUCAGAACUAGAUGUGUGAACUAAGCUAUGGAUGUAUGAUAUUUAUCUCAUAUAUUAUUUAAUAAUGCAAAGAAAAUGCAAAUAGAUAAAUUAUCAAACUGAAAUAGUUUAUAAAUGAAUGUUAUUCCCGUCAACAAGUGUACAAUACAAAGUUACCCUUCAACACGGCAUCUACCGACAUUUUCACAAAUAUUUUUAAUUUUGAUCUUUUGAUUCGAUUUUUAUUCCAUUCGUAUGCAACAUUAGAAUGUAAACAAUGUAAACAUUGGGAAUAAAUGUGUUUUAUUCAUUUAUUUUAUUUACAUUGCCUAUAAUGUAAUGUAUGGUUAAUUGACAACAAUAAUACCAUGAUAACUAUCCGACACUUAAUGGUUAUAGUUGUAACUCUU